UGUCCUUAUGCAGAAUGCGGGAAGUCCUUUACACAAUAUGGUAACCUAAAAACUCAUUCUAGAAAACAUACGGGUGAAAGGCCCUACCAUUGCUCUUAUGAGGGCUGUGAUAAAGCUUUUACACAGUUGGGUAACUUGAAAACACAUGAAAAAAUUCAUUGGCCUGUGAAGCCAUAUAUGUGUGCAUUUCCUAAUUGUGGAAAAGGAUUUACACAACGUGGUAAUUUGAAGGUGAGUUUUCCAUAA